UGACCUCAACUCUGUCCCGAGCUGGUGAGCUGCAGAUAGACCCGCCAGACUCUCUCUCUCUCUCUCUCGUCGUCGAUUCUCACCUCGAUUGAUUUCAUAUCUCUAUCGCUUCUACUUCGCGGCCCGUUUUCUUCCGGCGGUUUUCAGGUUUCGCCGGCGAUGGAGAGGUACAGGGGAGAGAGUUACGGCGACCAAAUGGAAUCGCAACACCACUAUAGACCUUCCAGGGGUGGACCCCACUCCUCGAUGCGUUCUUCCUCCGACGCCCCCGUGAGCCACCACCAGCACCGUAGCCCUAGCAAUUACCGCGGAGAACGCCGAGCAUUUGAUAGCCCUCCUCGUUUCCCUCCCGGCACUGGUGGAGCUGGGGUGGGAGGUUUCCGACCAGCGGGAGGCGGUGGCGGAGGCGGAGGGUAUAAUUCUGGUUACCAGAUGCCACCUGUAUCGGGGCAAAAACGAGCUUACCCCUUUUCGGGUAGAGGAGGAAGCUCUCCAGAACACUUCGAUGGAGGCAGUUUUGCUAAACUGUUUGUUGGAUCUGUCCCAAGAACAGUAACAGAAGAAGAUAUCCGACCUUUAUUUGAAGAACACGGACGUGUGCUUGAGGUUGCUUUGAUUAAAGAUAAGCGAACGGGACAGCCACAAGGAUGUUGCUUUAUUAAAUAUGCUACUCCUGAAGAUGCUGAUAGAGCCAUUAGAGCUUUGCAUAACAAUUAUACUUUACAAGGGGGAACAGGUCCUAUUCAAGUCAGAUAUGCUGAUGGUGAACGAGAACGACUUGGUACAAUUGAGUAUAAGUUGUUUGUUGGGUCACUGAACAAACAAGCUUCAGUGAAGGAAGUUGAAGAGAUUUUUUCUCCUUAUGGCCGUGUUGAAGAUGUCUAUCUCAUGCGUGAUGAGAUGAAGCAGAGUCGUGGAUGUGGAUUUGUCAAAUAUUCAAAUAGAGACACGGCAUUGGCAGCAAUUAAUGCUCUUAGUGGAAAGUUUACAAUGAGAGGAUGUGAUCAGCCAUUGACUGUUCGAUUUGCUGACCCUAAGAGGCCUAGAUCUGGAGAGUCAAGAGGUCCAUCAUUUGGGGGGCCUGGCUCUGGGCCUCACUUUCAAGCACCUGGAAUUAGACCACCUCCAACUCUUAGCGAGCCUGUGCACGACCAGAUUGCUCCUAAUGCAUGGCGUCCUAUGGCUGCUCCAAAUCCUGGACCAAUAUCUAAUGCUAGCAUCCAUGGUUUUGGAAAUCAGUUUCCUCAUAGAUCAAAUGAUGUGCAAGUGUCAUCUGCACUGGGGGGCAGUAGUGACAGUUCAUUUCCAGUUUCUUCUACUUCUAUGUCACAACAGGGUGGCCAUAGUGGCAAUGGAGAUGGUUCAUAUCUGGGACUUUCUGUUUCAUCUUCUAUGUCUCAACAGAGUUUGAACCAGCCAUUGGUGCAAAGCCAUUCAGUUGGUCCACAAAUUUCUCCGUUGCAGAAGCCACUUCCAUCACCACAACACUUGCCUUCUUCCCUGCAACUACAGCAACCAGUGUCAACACCCUUCACUCAAACGCAAAAUUCUCCUGCUUUGCUCCGGCAGCUUCAUCAAGUACAGAUGCCCCAAUCUGCUGGUCAAGGUCCAGUUAGUCAGGCAAUGACAUCUCAGCAGCCUGGUUUGCAUGGGGAGUUUGCUAUGACUCAACCCCAAGUGCAGCAGACUGUACCAUCUGGCCUGGCAAACCAACAACUGCCUAAUCAACAGUCCCUUCAACAUCUUCACCAAUCGCCUUCUCAGUUAGCCCAGAUGCUGUCACAACAGACACAAACUUUACAGGCAAGCUUUCAGUCAUCACAGCAAGCCUUCUCUCAGCUUCAGCAACAACUGCAGAUGAUGCAACCGUCAAAUCAGAACUUAACAACCCAUCAGGGUUCACAGGCUGCUAAACAGUCUUCUUGGCCUGGGACUAUGCAGCCUGCACCUGCAAUUACUUCUUUUCAGUCACCUCCUCCUACAUCUGCAGCACCUGCUGCUCCUGCAACUAGUCAGACCAUUGCUACUUUAAAAUGUGACUGGACAGAACACACUGCCCCUGACGGAUACAAGUACUACCACAACAGUGUAACUGGUGAAAGCAAAUGGGAAAAGCCAGAUGAGUUGACUUUGUAUGAACAACAGCAGCAGCAGCAGAAGCAGACACAUCAAACAAAACCUUCCAUCCAACAGCCUCAGAUGCAGUCUUAUUCUCAGGUUAUAUCUCCACAGCAAGCACCUCAGAUGCAAGGACAGUAUCAGAAUCCACUUCAGAUCCAAUUCCGCCCUCCACAACAGUUGCAACAAACAUCUCAACCUUCAUCGUAUCAGGUUCCCGGAGUGACUGGUCAACGGAGUAAUCAGGAACAUUCUUAUGCACAAUUACCACAUGUAGCUGGUUCAGUAAAUGAUCCAUCGCGUUUCCAACAGGGCCUUCAAGCUGGUCAGGAAUGGAUGUGGAAGAAUAAGCCUGCAGGAACCUGAAAUCCUAUGCGACCGUCUGUUGACAAAACCAUACCAUGACGGCUCGAACAUAGUCUGCUGGAAGCAGAGACUCAAGCAGCUUCAAGACUGGGAAAGUGCAUGUAAUAUCAGAAAUUUUGCUUCAUGACAAAAUCUUUAAUGUACUGUGCCAUAAAUCUAAUGUUCAUCUGCUUCCUUGUAUACCUACCAAGCAGAGUGUAGUUUCUGUUAUACUAUAGUGUUACAUAAAUUGCUAGUCUGUAAUUCUGUAUACUACCAAAUUUAGUGAUCACAUGAGCUGAAUCAGCCCAUAUUUAAUUA